AUGAUACUGCAUCGCAUAUGGCUAUUACCAAUUCUAACAGUCGUUUUUGGUUUGGGUACAAUGUUAAGCGGACAUCUCACAAGCAAUCUUCCUAAACAACUCACUUUCAGAUAUGUUAUAGAAAUUGUGACACUAAAUCGCUUCCCUGCACUUCUUCCAUGCAAUGGUGAUAAUACAACUUCAAUCCCUGAAUCUGCUGUAUUCGGACAAAUUCUCAACAUGGCUGCAAUUCUAUAUGCUCUCACAAUUUAUGUAGUCCAUCUUCAAAUUGAAGAAUUCUAUGGACAGUGUCUACAGUGGAAUCAGGCGCGGUGGUUCAAAUUUUCAACACUACUGAUGUUUGUGGGAUUUGCUAGCGCAUUUGGGCUAAUGUUGGUCGCAAACUUUCGUCACUCUGAUAUUCUUGCUGUGCAUCUAUUGGGAGCUAUGAUGGCUUUCAUCGGAAUGCUAAUUUAUGGAUGGGGACAUGUUAUUUUUAGUUAUAUUGUUCUUCCACGGUUGGUUCCUAUCCUCAUAUGUCAUGUCCGGCUUCUUUUAAUGGUCGUUCUUACAUGCCUUCUAGGACUCGGUACUGCUGCGUACUUUUUCAAUGUUUUUGUACCAGAAGGUGAGGACGAUUUUCCGGGAUUGGACUUUGAUCGGUCGAUUGAUUCUCCGGUAGCACUUCGCAAUUGA